CUUCCUCUGGUCUUUUCUCAUCGGCCAUCGCAAUGGCCACUACUCUGUUUCUCUCCCUGUUUCCUUUUGGGGAGGAGUUCUGUUCUGUGCUACUAGGGCUAUGUACCAGUAAAUCACUGUACUUUUUGAAUCCUCUUUUUAUUCACGAGUCUGUCCCUACUCCCUAGUCUCAGUUCCUCCCUCCCUUCACAAUUUAGCGCCAAAAUCCCUCUCUCCUUAAAAAAAAUCCCAUUUUAUCUGAUUACCUGCGGUUACAAUUUUCUUUUUGUUUGUUUGCUAAACACAAAGAACAAGAAGAACAGCAAAGGAACACUACCACCAUUUACUUACUCUCUCUUUCUCGAGCCCCUACCUUCUCUGCUUUCACUACUCGUCUAGGCCUGCAGACUGCAGUGCUCUCUCUAUGCCCCCUUUGCUUGGAGCUUUCUUCUUCCUUGUUUCUCUUCUGUCGUUAAUUUCUUGUCUCCCUUGUUUCUUAACUCUCCAUCUGUUUGUGGUAAUGUCAAACCGAAGAAACCCACCUUUACCCAGUUGAGUUCUUUUGUGAGCAGUAGCUGAACAAAAUCACAUUUUUGGAGCAAGUUUAUGAUGGUCUAGUGGAUCAGAGUAAGAACCCCACACUAUUCCCCCUUUUUCUUUCCUACCCUUCUCCUUUUGUUUUCUGCUAAUCGAGUUUAGGCUCAUUUUAGUGCAGAAGAUUUUGUGUUCUCCCUAAAAGGCAAAGAGAUGAAAUGGGUUGUUCUCAAACACCCCAAAGAUUGAAGCUUUCAGCUGAAAUCCGGUGUUUUCUAAACAAAGAUGGAGGUUCUAGCUGUGGAAUACCCACAGAAGAUGCUGCAUUUUCCUCCCCGUCCCUCUGAAAAUCCUUCAACAACAAACAAAACCUUGUUUUUGCCAACUCCCUUUUCAUCCCUAAAGAAGAAUAAGCCGAUUCUUCGAAAGGAACACAGAAGAAAACCACUUUUUUCACUUUACACUUUCCAUCUCUCUAAAAUAAAGAAGACACAGUAGUAACCUCCCACGCCUGCACAAAAAGCCCAAAGUCCAAAAAUAAGCAGCAACAUCUAAGCCAGUCAAACCCCAGUUCUUUUAUUUUUUGUUUUAACUUGGAAGUGUGACAAAAAACUACAGAAAAACAUGGGAUGUGUUGCCUCCAAGCUAGAAGAAGAAGAAGAAGAAGAAGUGGUGUCCAUUUGCAAGGAGAGGAAACGGCAGCUGAAGCUAGCAGUAGAGAAGAGACAAGCACUAGCAGAAGCUCACUGCAGGUACUGUCAAUCUCUCUAUGCAGUAGCAGCAGCAAUAAAGCUGUUCGUGGCUCGCCAUGCUUCACCAGCUUCACCAUUCCUCAUUACAUUCCCACCUCAUAGCCCAUCUGCUUGCCAACCUAAAGCAGAAGGGAAUAAAAACAACGUGGUAAACAACCCAAUGUUUAUUGAAGAAAGGCCUUCUGAGUCGACCAACGAAGAGGCCAAUGCUUGUGAGUCUUGUGAUUCAUCAACAACCUCCUCUGAUUCCAGCGAGGAAGAAGAAUGUACAGAAGAGAUGGUGAGGCAGCAACAAGAAGAGCACGAGCAUCAGAGUUAUGGGUACUACUACAUGCAAAUGCCACCACAGCAAGCUGUGGUUCAAGAGUCGCCAGGUGGAGAUUUUGGGUGGGAUUUCUUCAACCCUUUUGAUGUGAUGAGGCCAGAGGUUAUGAAUGGGUACAGGAGGAGUUUGGAUGAUAAUUUGAGGGUGGUGAGGGAGCAAGAAGGCAUUCCUGAGCUGGAGGAAGAAGGGCGUAUUAGAGAGAAUGGAGAUGAGCAAAGAGUGUUUGUUGCUGCUGAGGAAGGGAAAGGUGGAGAAGGUUUUGAUGGUGGGGAUUUGGUUAAGGUGCGUGAUGGGAAUAAUGGGGAUGGAAGGUCAGUUGAACAGAAGAGGCAUUCAGUUAUGGAGUCACCAGAAAAAGGGAGGGAACUGCUGGAUGCUCUGAAGGACAUUGAGGAUCAUUUCAUUAGAGCUUAUGACUCUGGCAAGGAUGUUUCCAAGAUGCUUGAGGCGAAUAAGGUUUACUUGCAAUCUGGGAUGGAGGAAAUGAAAGAGAAUUCUAACAAGCCAAUCCUAUCUCUACCAUGGCACAGGUCGACCUCGUUCAAACCCUCUUGCAAAAGCUUGGUGGCUUCAAGUUCCAGAAGCACAUCAACAUGGACGGAAUACACGAACGAUAUCUUUGACGGUUGUGGAGGAAUGAAUGCUGGAAGCCAUUCCUCAACGCUUGGAAGGUUGUAUGCAUGGGAAAAGAAACUUUAUGUAGAAGUCAAGGCUGGAGAUGCAACAAGAAAACUAUAUGAGAAGAAAUGUUCAAGGCUGAGAAGCCAUGAUGUGAGAGGCAACGAUGAACUCAACAUGGACAAAACAAGAGCUGCAAUCAAGGACCUUUAUGCUCGGAUUCUCGUAGCAAUUCGCAGUGCUGAAUCGAUCUCGAACAGAAUCGAGAGGCUGAGAGAUGAAGAACUGGAACCUCAAAUUGUAGAAUUGUUAAAAGGCCUAACCCGCACUUGGAAGAUCAUGAUGGAAUCACAUGAAAACCAGAACAAGAUUCUUUCACAAGUAAAAACAUUUGAAUGUCCCUCAGUUGGGAAGUUCAGCAACGACUCCCAUCGUCUCGCCACCCUCCAGCUCGAGGCCGAGCUUCUCAACUGGCGCACCUGCUUCACAGAUUACAUCACAGCAUCCAGAUCCUACGUGGCAUGCCUCCACGGCUGGCUCACCAAGUUCUUGGUCCCUGAAGUUGAAUUCUACUCCAGAACCAGAAGAGUUGGUCAAAGCUCACCAUCCCUUCCCUCUCAAGCUCCCCCAGGCCUUCCAUUGCUCACCAUCUGUAGAAAAUGGCUCUCAUCGAUGGAGAAGCUGCCAGAAGUACACGUGCCGUUCGCUUUGAAGGGAUUUGCCAAAGAUGUGAGGGCAUUGUGGGUUCAGCAAGGGGAAGAGCAGAAGCUGAAGAGGAAGGUCGAUAGCUUGGGCAAGAUGCUUGACAAGAGAACAGUGUCGUUUCAUAGGACCGAGACUCGUUUGCUUGAGACCAAGCUCAUCGAGUAUAAUAAUGGAGAGGAGAAUGUUGAUUUAGCGAACCCUUUCGAGCAUUUGGCCGAGAGAAAAGACGAGUUGGAUUUCUUGCAGAAGAAGGUUGAGAUGGAAAGUGAGAAGCAUUACAACUAUGUGCAGCAGACUUCCAGGGUUACCUUGAGUGGGUUUCGGACAGGGUUUUCCAGUGUUUUCGAGGCUUUGACCGAGUUCUCCAAGGCCUCCAUGAACAUGUAUAAUGACCUUUUAGUAAGCAGCUGCAGUCAAAGCAAUGGGCAAGUGGAGAGUCAACCAUGUGUGGAAAGCUCCUCCCAGGUUGAAGAAAGUGAAGUCCGGUGACAAAGAGGUAAUUAGUUUAGGGUUUGGUUAAUCUUUCAGUAGAGUGCGGUGUUUAGUUAGAGAGAUUGAUUAUAUUUGAACGUAACACAUCAUGUUGUCGAAGCAGCUCGCUGAGACCAUCAUGUGUUCGCUUAUAUUCUUGUUAAUCUGUCAUUAGAGCUAAUGAGAACUAUAGAUGGAGAACUUUGCGGUAGACCAAGUUCUUAUCUUCCAGCCAUGUAAUUAGUAACAGAAGCCUUCGGUCUUCAGAGAGGCAAGGUUUCUGAUUUCUGUUUUCUCUGAAGCUCUAGGUGGAGAGAUUCUCUGUUUCCUUUUUCUGGAGAGAUUCUCUAUUUCUAUAGCUUGUCCUAGUAUAGAAUGG